GGAACCCGUGAAGCUCUCAGGUGAUGGCCUUCUCCCAAAACUCCACGUGGCCACUCUCUCCGGAGAGCGUCUCCGCCACGCGCCGCGUCACAUGCCAAUCUCUGCUCCAAUUCAGUUUCUACUUCUUCUUCUCCUUCUCCUCUCUCUCGUGGAAUUCUCCCACCACCAUUUCUGAUCGAUUGCGAUCUCCUCUUCCAUGUCCGACAAUCAACCGCUGGCGGAUAUGCUGAGCCGAUCCACGGCGCCGCUCGCUCUUCUCCUCAAGGACGCCGUCAACUGGUGGGACACCGUCAACAAGUCCGUCGUCUGGCAGGAUCGGAUUUUCCACCUCCUCGCCGCGCUCUAUGGAUUCGUCACCGCUGUUGCUCUUGUACAAUUGGUAAGGAUACAAUUGAGAGUACCGGAGUAUGGUUGGACAACUCAGAAAGUAUUCCAUUUCCUCAACUUCUUGGUUAAUGCAGUGCGAUGCUUAGUGUUUAUAUUCCGUAGGGACAUUCAAGAUUUAGAGCCGGAGAUUUUCCAACAUGUAAUGCUUGGCCUGCCAAGUCUCGCCUUCUUCACUACAUAUGCACUAUUAGUGUUGUUCUGGGCAGAGAUUUAUUAUCAGGCUCGUGCUGUAUCAACUGAUUGGCUGGGCCCCACUUUUUACACAAUCAAUGGUGUGGUGUAUGCCAUUCAGAUAAUUUUAUGGGUAGUCCAGUGGUGGAAGCCCAUACAUGCAACUGUCGUUCUGUCAAGAAUGUUCUUUGCAGGUGUUUCUUUAUUUGCGGCCUUGGGAUUUAUUCUCUAUGGUGGAAGGCUGUUCUUGAUGUUACAACGAUUCCCCGUAGAAUCAAAAGGGCGACGCAAGAAACUACAGGAGGUUGGCUACAUGACCACGAUAUGCUUUUCGUGUUUUCUCAUUCGAUGUAUUAUGAUGUGCUUUAAUGCGUUGCAGACAGCUGCAGAUCUAGAUGUUGUGGAUCACCCUGUGUUGAAUUUCAUAUAUUAUUUCCUGGUGGAGAUCUUGCCUUCAGCACUCAUCCUGUUUAUACUGAGGAAGCUUCCCCCGAGACGCGGGAUCACACAAUAUCAUCCAAUCCGGUAACGGCUUUUAUGUUGUUGCUUUGGAAUUGAAGACUUAGCGAUUCGAGGGAGCGUUGCAUUUUUCACUUUUAUAGUACUAAUUUAUAGUACUAGUACAUUUUGAACAACAACUAACCAAAUCUGUCUCUUAAAUGCCAUUCACAUCAUUAAUUUAAAUUAAAUUCAUCUUUCCUCACGAAGGAGGGAGAUUGCCCAUUUCACUA